AUGAGUGUCGAAGCCCAGCGGCGCUGCACAUGGCAGUGCUUUGCGGAUCUUUUUUCAGCCGCUAUUGCUUCUGCUUUUGUCUCUCCAUGGGUGACGGCAAUCGAUAAGAUCGUCUACUAUCGAGCUGCAACCAACGCCUCUCUGACGUCUUGCGUCCAGUCAUGGCUCGCCAAACCCAAGCCAUCUCUGAAUGCCAUGUGGCUUCCUUUCCUGGUCUAUUUCGGAACCUACGCAACCGCGAACCUAUUCGAUUCUAUAUACGCCGAAAACAACUGUGCAGAUCCUGCCACGACUUCUGCCACGUCUUCCAAGUUCUUUGCUACGGCCGCUGUCAGCACCGGGCUGUGUGUCUACAAGGAUGGAUACUUUGCCGGGCUGGCGAGCAAAUCACCAGCACCGCUAAUGAGUUAUUUGCUCUUUACAGCUCGGGAUGCCGUCACAGUAUAUGCCUCAUUCAACAUGCCAGCCUGGAUUGCCCCCAAGCUAUCCCAGGUGUCCUUGCCAAACUUCGCCCCAUUCUCUGUCUUCAGCUCGGAGGAAUCAAGAUUGCGGGCAGCCCAGAUAAUAAUGCCAGCAGCAUCUCAGCUUGUCAGCACCCCUCUUCAUCUCCUUGGCUUGGACCUGAGCAACAGACGAUACAAAUUCCCGGUCCGUGAACGCCUCAGCAUGGUUCGGCAUCAUUUGUCCUUUGCUACUCCCUUGCGAAUGGUUCGAAUUAUACCGGGUUUUGGAAUUGGCAAUGUCGUGAACACUAGUUGCAGAAAUUCGAUGUUGGCUCGAGUGAUUUGA